AUGGUGUGGCUGUGGGUCCUGGGCGGUCUGGUAUUGGUCCUCGCCUUCCUCGCCGCGUGGCGUAAUGGAACUGUGGGGGCGGGGGCGGGAGAGCCGCCUGGGUGGGACAGAUGGUUCGUGCCGCUGGUCGGGGAGACUCUGCACUUUGCACGCGACACUGUGGGCUUCCUCUCGGCGAGGCAGCGCCGCUAUGGCAACGUCUUCCACUCACACCUCUUCGGCCAGCCCACGCUGGUGUUGAUCGGAGCCGAGGCGUUCGCCUUCUUGUACGAGGAGGAACGGAAGGGCCGCAUCGUGAGCGCCAACGCCCAGCUCCAGAUCUUCAAGGAGAUCCUGGGCGACAAGAUCCUCAACGAACGCGAGGACCACUCGUUCCAUCGCGCGAUGGUGACGCAGCCCAUCCUGGGCCGCAGCACCCUGCAGGCCAUGCUGCCCAAGAUGCAGGCCAACCUCGCCCGCCGCGUCGAGCACUGGGUCACACUCGGCACCUUCGAAUGGUACACGCAAAUCAAGGAGUGGGCGUUCGACAACGCCAGCGCGCUGGUGUGGGGCUCCGACAUCUCCCAGCCCUCCGACGAACGCCACCGCCUCUUCGAGAUUUUCGAGAGCAUGAACAAGGGCCUCGGCGGCUGUCUGCCCAUCAAGCUGCCGGGCACGCAGUACAGCAAGUGUCUCGAGUCGCGCAGGCAGUUCGGGGAAACGGUGGGGGCGCUGGUGGAGGAGCGGAGCCGGGUCAUCAAGCAGAAGGUGGCGGAGCUGAGGAGCGACGACCCGCUCCGUCGGAUCGAGUUCAAGGAGCUCAGCGUCGGCGACGACCUCAUCAACAACUACCUCUUCGCCCUCAUCAAAGCGCAGCGAGAGCUGCCGGUGAGCGAGGUCGUGGACAUCAUUGCGGGCCUCUACUUUGCCGCGCAUCACACCGUCACCUCGGGCCUCACCAACAUCAUGGUGGCGCUGGAGCAGCGUCCGGACGUGCGGCAGAAGGUGGUCGAGGAGCAGGAGACGGUGGUGGGCGACAGCGAGGACCGAUUCACCUACGAGCAGCUCAACAGCAUGGUCUACCUCCAGAAGGCACGGAUCAUCCGCAAGGUGGGGCCAGAGGACGUAGAAUACAACGGCUACACGCUGAAGGCGGGGCGGUCGAUCUACGCCAACAUCAUCCUCACGCAGCGCGACCCGAACCACUUCACCGACCCCGAGACCUUCGACCCCGAGCGCUUCUCCCUCGACCGCGCCGAAGACCAGAAGGCCAAGUUCGCCUGGGUGGUGUUCGGCGGCGGAGGGCACUCGUGUCUGGGUAUGAAGCUGGCGCUGCUGGAGCUGAAGAUGAUGACGUCGUACCUGGUGCGCGACUACGACUGGCAGGCCGUGCCCGGCCAGGACAUGCGGAUCGAGUGGGCCGCCCUCUCGCCUUCCCCCAAGGACCUCUACAAGGUCCGCUUCUGGCAGAAGAAGCAGCCAUCCGCCUAG